GUUUAAGACUUGAGUUGAUCUCAAAGUUCUUUUUCUGUUGAAAUAGUUGUUGUAUUUCAGAAUAGCAGAGCCCUAUUCAAACAUAUUCGUAUAAUCAUUAGUAAAAUCCAUCAUCAUCAUGAAUAGCACCGACCCAUUAACCUUAUGCUAUGUUACACAACACUGAAUCGGCCCCGUCAAGGAACUCGACGAGAUGAAGAAACGAUUCAAAGAGAUGGAAGAAGAAGCAGCAGCUCUUCGCGAAAUGAAAGCCAAAGUUGAAAAAGAAAUGGGUGCUGUUCAAGAUCCUGGUGGUGCAGCUGCUAGCCAAGCAAGCAAGGAAGAGGCUCCACCAAGGAGUAUCAUUAGAGAUAUGAAUCUGUGUAGAUGUUUUUGACAAGGAGCCCAGUUCAUGUUAGGCUUGGCUUUCUUCCUCACAAUUCACACUUUUGUUCUUCAAAUCGAUUCUUCUAUUAAGCAGCCGAAAAAGAUGAUGAUGUUUAAACGACUCCAUGUACUUCUAUUGUAUUAACUUCACUCCCGCUUCACUCUGUCGUAUUUCACUCAGUAAAACCUCAACUGAAUUACGCCCACCAAGUGUUUGUUAAAAAUGACAAAUGGAGAUUUUUGGUCUGUUACAUCAUUGCUUGCACAUAAGGUCAAUCUAACUUCACCAGAUAUGUGAAUUAGUAACUUGUGAUUGAAGAGAAAGGCUUUUGUUGAUUCAAAUGACUGUUGUGACACUUGAAAUGCUAGAGAAGAAAGAAAAAUUCCGUAUUCAUGAUCAGAUGAUAGUGCUUGAAGGUGCAAAGACUACAACAGAGAGAACAAAAGACAACACAACGGAUGAGAUAAAUGAGGAAGCAGAGAACAUGAAACAAAUUCAUGAGGCAUUGUCAACAGGAAUUGCUGCAGCAACUGAUUUUGAUGAGAUAAAGCUAAACUUGAAGAAUUAG